AUGAAGAAGACAGCAGAGAGAAUCAUUUAUGAAUGUCUGGAAACGCGGGGAAGAUUGGAUGUCUUGGUCAACAAUGCGGCUCAAUUUUAUCCAACUGAAAUUGGAAAGGUUUCUGAAGAAAUAUGGAACGAUUUGAUUCAGACGGACAUGUUUUUUUUUGUCACAGGUAGGAUGAAAUAUCAAAUUUACACCAUCUACCCAACCAAGACGUAAAUAUUUAGCGUAGAGAAAAUUUUAACAUUUUCACUUAGGCCCUGAUUACAAGAGACCUGCAUGAAACGAAGGCGGGACAAAUAUCUAAUUAGGUAGCUAAUUUAUUUCAUCGUUCUUCCAGAAUUCUUACCGGUCUAAAUAUUUUUUGUGUUUGAAUUUAUCCUGCGCGAAUUCGUCCCAGCUUAGAAGUACUCCGUUCAGGCUACAUAGUUGAUGACUUUAGAGCUGCCUAAGAAAUUUUUCAAGCAAACGGCGACUAGAAACAACACUAUGAUUGGUACGAAAUCUCCCGCUCGGCUUCGUUCAAUCUCAUGUGAAUUCUUCAGCCUCUGGAAUCCAUGGAUAAAAGAUAGGACGUUAGUCGGCGUAAGCCGUGUAGUUGCAGAAGUUUAAGUGUUGUACAUUCUAAAAAUGUUCAUGCGGAACGUUUUUGCAUUCUAGGCUGCAUUUUCAAGCUUGAAAACAUCAAAUGGCUGUAUUGUAAAUAUGAUAGACAUCCAUGCAGAUCGGCCUGUCUCUGAUCAUUCCGUCUACUGCAUCUCCAAAGCCGGCCUUCAGAUGUGUACCUUAUCUCUUGCUAAAGAAUUUGCACCUUACAUUCGAGUAAAUGCUGUCUCCGGUGGUGCUAUACUCUUGCCCGAGACGUAUGACGAUCAACUGAAGCAUGCACUCAUCUCAAAGAAUCCACUGAACGGAAUUGGAAAUCCUGGCGACAUUAUAUCUGCACUGGAGUACUUGGUAUCGAAUGCGAAGUACGUCACUGGCCAAAUAAUACGUGUAUAUGGUGGUAGAACACUCUACCAGUAG